AACAACUUAUGGGGUUUGAGGCCCUCAACGUCAUCUUUUGUCAUAUUGUUUAUUUGAAAGUCCAUUUUUAGUGUGACUAACGCGAUUCAUCUACUUUUUUUUCUAUAACUGUAUGUAAUCCUACUGACAAAAUUCACCAUUUGCAAAAAUGCUAGUGAGACAUAGACAUAUUAUGAUCCUAUUGGCGUUCCAUAUACUGUAAAUAAUGCAGCUUUGGCUACUUAUAUCUAAACUAAGAAAAGCAAAAAACCUGUUCUGAAAUGCAUUUUUUUCAAAAGGCCAUCAGACUUGUGAACUCUUAAAUACUCUUGUUGAUAAAACUCAUGGUAACAGCUUAUUAAACAUUUGGCCACGGAGACUAUUUAUGACCCUGUCGGCCUUCCAUAAAUCCGUGGGGACUUCAGCCAGAAACGAAACUUAAGUGGUUACUGGCGUCUGUACCAGGAAUUGAAAGUAUACAAAUCUGAAGUGCAGGCUGUUUACAGAAACGUCAUACAGAUAGACACUUUCACAGUGAGGACACAGACGAUUCUUUGCAGAGACCCAGUGCGCGUGAGGAUGAGGACGAAGCUGUUUUAUGUUCUCAUAGUGAUGGCGCUGAUGUCUGCAGCGCUGCUCAUCACAAACUCUAGAUUUAAAUUGAUCUCUCAUCCUAAACGGACUGCAUAUGUACCCGAUGCUGCAAUUGAUGAAGUAUGGCCGACAACAUCAUGGACAACGCAAGGACCUGGAAUAGAUUUAAAGGGAAAGAUGUUCACAUUGUCUGCUAAUGGAGGAGGAAUACGCUUCUAUCCCCCCAGAUAUAAUACUAAUACCCCUGACCCAUGGUCUUCAUCUACUCCCUACAAAACCAGAACCCGACCCUACACAAGCACCGGACCCUACAGCUCUAGCACUGGACCCUACAGUACCAACAGACCCGACACAAGCACCGGACCCAACAGCACCAACAGACCCGACACAAGCACCGGACCCAACAGCACCAACAGACCCGACACAAGCACCGGACCCUACAGCUCCGACACAAGCACCGGACCCUACAGCUCUAGCACCAGACCCUACACCACCAACAGACCCCACACCACCACUCGUUAUCCCUGGACCACAGCGCCUCCUUUCAGAGGUGUGUCUGUGUGUCUGCGGUACCUGUCCGCCUAUCAAGUAAACAUCCCCUCACUCUUUACUGUCAGUCCAUCCACCCGCCCACUGACGUUGGGGGUCAAUUUCCCCAAUAUAUAUGUUUUGCCAUUUCAAUAUUAUUAUUCCAACACAUACCUGAAACCUUACAUCAACUUCUGGUCAAACAUUUCACCGGAGAUCUGGAACAGAGUCUGCCUCACUGUGGACUCUGUGAGGAACGUGGCCCAGGUGUUCAGCGGCUCCAACAUGAGCAUCAGGAGGGUCCUGACAUCUACGUAUGUGUGGUCAGGUGAGCCUGUGAUAGAUUUUCCAGGUUUUGAUGGUCAGCUGACAGACGUCCAGGUGUGGGAUUAUCCUCUCCGCUACAAAGAAGUCUUCAACUACAUGACCAGGGGGGUCUAUGUGAUGUACCGCGGCUCUGUCAUCACCUGGUCCUCCAUCAGCUACUCUCUCAGAGGAAACACCCUAUUGGAGGACAUCUAUGAGAAGCAGGCGAACCAGCCAAUCGGCAGCCUCCAAGAGAGAGGGCGACGUCCAAAAGGAGAGAGGAAGGCCAGAGAGUUUCUCAAUGUGGGGGAGAGGAGCAAGAGAAACAGACAGCGUCUUAAAUGAAACGUUGUUGAAAUGUUAUACUAUUAAUGUAAAUAAUAGGUCAACAGGGACCGUCCACUUUUUCGCUGGCUCUGGUUCCCGGAAGUACAUUUCCCCGUUCAGAUCCUCCUUUGAUUUUUCACACAAUCCUUUUUUAUCAAGAGAUUGAAGCCUGUAACCAUGACAACCAGCUACCCCAAUACUCCUGACCAUAGGAGUACAUUUAAUUUGGCACCAAAACGGCAUUGAAAAACUAAAAUAAAAAAGCAAAGAUACAAGGCUGUCAAGGAACUGCACAUCCCACAAUCCAUUGCGAAUUAUAUCGUUUCUUCUUGUAACUUUAGUCGUUAUCGUGUUUAAGCUGUUAAUGCAAGUGUUGUACUAUCUUGUAGUUUGUGUUGUGUGAACAUAUAAACUACAUUCACUGCAUUGUCACAAGUUAUUAGUACAUUUUGUUUUAGCUAACUAGCAAGCCAGCCUGCUAGCUAAACAUAUCUGUUCGCAUACGGCGCAGAGGGGCAGGAAACAUUGCCAUGGUAACUGCAAGCUCAACCAAUCAGAGACACUCUAUGAUCCUGGGUAGUGUAGUUAUUCGCCUCGAUGCCGCAAAUCAAUUUUCUUUUUCUUAAAACGAGGUUGAUAUCACAUGAACUUGUGUCUCCUACAGGAACUUUUACACUCGGGUAGCUCGCGGUCAGUCGACCUUGGAUGGUUCUGACGUUAUGGCUAAUAAUCUAAUCCGCUGUGGAGAAAAUGAACUGGAUUUUUACUUCUGGAACCACACUGUUGAGCCCUAUUUCUGUUCUCAUUUUUAUUGGUCGUUUAGAGCCACGUUUCUUAAGUCACGUGAUCAGCAGCUGUAUUCAUGUCAGCCAUCUUUGAGAGUGCGGCAGCAGCUGGAUCUCGAUUUCCUCCCUGAGCCCUGAGCGACUUAACUGGUGUCACCUUGAAAGUGAUUGAGUGCACGAGGCUGCGAGGGCUCAAAAAAGGUUUAAUACCAAUGGGACAGCACUUUGUGACUUCUCUGUAACCAUGACAACACCAUGUCGUGGCAAAAUUUUACUGUAUUUUAAAUUUUUUACUUUACUAACUCAGCCAUGGCGCUUAUAAAAAGUUCUUACUAUAUAUGUGUGCUUCGCCGUUGUGGGAUAAAUGAAGGUUUAUCUGAUAUUAAUAAAACAGGA